AUGUCCGACGACUUUGCUACAGAGGCGUUUGCGCUUCUGGGCGUGGGGCUUGGAGUCAUCGCUUUGCGGACGUAUGCGCGAAUUAGCGCCGUCGGCAUAAAGCAUCUGCAGGCGGAUGACUACCUGAUGCUUCUUGUUGCAUGCACAUAUUCAGCCGAGACUGCUCUCGCAUAUAGCGUCGGAGCAUACUGGCAAGGGCUUGCCAACAAUGGCAUGACGGACGAACAGAGGAGAAAUCUAGAUCCCAAUAGCGAAGAGUACAGGAUAAGCUGUUUGGUGCUCUGGCCCGCGAAAGCCGCAAUGUGCACCUUUUUCCUUCGCCUUACGGAAGGACUUCACAACUUCCAAAAGCGAAUCUACGGAGGUUUCGCACUGAUUGUGAUUACAUGGCUCACGGUGUUCUUCUCAAUAAUCUUCAGCUGCUUUCCGACGCACAAGAAUUGGCAAAUCUACCCCGACCCAGGGAAUACAUGUCAACCUGCGAUUUCCAAGGUCAACAUUCUCGUCACCGUCGUCUUGAACGUUUUGACCGAUCUAUAUCUUAUGAGCAUCCCGAUCCCGAUGCUGUGGUUCUCAAAGUUGCCCCUGAGGAAGAAGCUGGGACUGAUUGUACUAUUUUCGGGAGGAAUCUUUGUGACGAUGGCAGGAAUCUUGCGCUGCGUCCUCAUUAUAUCGGACCCCGUCAAUGGCGCUUCACAAGCAGGAUCGUGGGCCGUUCGCGAGACUUUCGUCGCGGUUGUCACUACCAACGUUCCCAUGAUCUUUCCCCUCAUCCGCAGGUGGUUUAGCCCCAUUUUUGGCACAGUCGUCAGCACCCUACCUCUCAGCAACACGAACAACAAGUACGGCUCAAAAGGACCCAAUUUGCCUCAACCCGGAAGCAUCAAGCUCGACGACGUACCGGAUAGCAAGAACCGCAAAAAGGGACGACAGCCGUUCAGCCAGUACCCAAUCACCGAGAUCACCGGAACAGGGAGUGAGGAGCAUCUGAAUCAGCCGCGGAAUAUCCCACCAAUGCCAACAUCUGGAGGGAUCAGCAAGAACGUGGAGAUUACUAUUGAAGAGUCCAAGAGGGAUAGCAGAAGAGAACUGGAUAAUAGAUCGGAGGAUAGUCUUGAGAGGGGGGAUGCGUAUUUCACGGUUGACGUCAACGGCGGUGGGGACAGGGGAAAUG